GCACCCGACUCCUUGCUGCCUCCCUCAUAACAAGAGUGACCUUUUUCCCUCCGCUGUAUUAUGUCUGGCUGGUUAAGGGAUUGCGUUCUGCAGUUGCUACAGCCCCUGACUCUCUCCAGCUCGGCUCAAAGCACCGUGCUGCUUUAGGUAUACAAAUGCUCUCUGUCCAGCCAGACACCAAACCGAAAGGUUGUGCUGGCUGCAACCGGAAGAUCAAAGACAGGUAUCUCCUAAAGGCCCUGGACAAAUACUGGCAUGAGGACUGUCUGAAGUGUGCCUGCUGUGACUGCCGCUUGGGGGAGGUAGGCUCCACCUUGUACACCAAAGCCAACCUUAUCCUGUGUCGCAGAGACUAUCUGAGGUUAUUCGGUGUUACAGGAAACUGUGCUGCCUGCAGCAAACUCAUCCCUGCUUUUGAGAUGGUGAUGAGAGCCAAGGACAAUGUUUACCACCUGGACUGCUUUGCAUGUCAACUUUGUAAUCAGAGAUUUUGCGUGGGAGACAAAUUUUUCCUAAAGAACAACAUGAUUCUAUGCCAGACGGACUAUGAGGAGGGUUUAAUGAAAGAAGGUUACGCACCCCAAGUUCGCUGAUCUGAUGCCUCGCUACUAAGAAUAUUAAAGCACUACAUUCUUACUUUUCCCCCCUUUCCUUUUCUUUGUUCAACGUGUAUAUAAGAAAUGAUGGCGGAACCUACUGAAUAGCGUAGAUAUAGGGAGACAGGAUGGUCAUGUGGAAUAAAAGGCGGACUGCAAAUAUAUGUAGUGGAAAUUGCACCAGUUCAAAGUUGAAUGUUUAUUAAAAGAUAAUGUACAUACUGCUGAAGGUUUUUUUCUUCUUCUUUUUUGGCUUGCUGUUUUUGGGUUCUUUCUUUUUUUUCUUUUUGUGUCAUUCGGCAUGAGAUGCUUAUUUUGGACUAAUGUAUAUAAUGUAUUGUAAUAUUUGAAGCACAAAUGUAAUACAGUUUUAUUGUGUUACCAUUUGUGUUGCGGUUUGCUUAUUUGUAUUGUUGCAUUUAGUACAAUCGGUGUCUAAACCUUAUUGUAUAUUUAUGCUUUCUGUAUCUACCAGCUAUUU